ACCCCGUUUCACUGACAGAUGGCGCGUUCCGUUGGAGGGACUUUGACGAGCCAAACUCAUUGAAUGGAAAUGGGUUUCCUUUCCCCGUCUGUUGUGCCCCCUCAAUGACAGUCGCGUGUCCGUAAAGUGUCCGGGAAUCGUUCCGCGCUAAUGCCACUUGGUCGCGAAAUCGCAGUCAUUGAUUGGUGGUUCGCGGCCGCGAUUCGCGACGGGGCAGACGAGACGCGUUCGGACCCGACCUGCGUUUGUUUGUGUUACGAAACGCGACCUGUACAACAAGAGUGUAGUACUAAAUGAAAACACGGUUGUGUACGCGUAAAGCGACAGCUUUAAUAGAAUGGUGCGAUCAAAAUUUCCUGGUAAACCGUCAAAGAUUGUUAAUCGCAAAGUGGUAAAGUCAAGCAAGUACAGUGCACUUCACGAUAAUGAAUCAAGCAAAGCUGCUCAGAACAUUUCAUAUGGCCUCGCAGUUUUCAAUGAGACAUUUGGGGACCACGAACAGGUGUCCACAGCUUUUCAUGGAUUUAGCCCACAUGAGGUGGACAAUGCGAGAGAAAUUGCCAAUGAUCAACAGGAAAAGGUUUUGGAAGAAUACCGAACAAGUGGUUCAAACUUUUCCUCUGAUGAUGCCAUUCCUGUGAAACUAGACCCUCCUACAUCUCAAGAUUUGUCAUAUGUUGCGGCCAAUCUAGCCGUGAUUGGUGCUGUUGGAUGUCAUAUGACCCGUGCCCAGUGUCAAAGCCUUCAUUCAGAGAGCAAAGGAAAUGAAUUGUCAAAAACAGUGUCACCCUCCAAGUUCUUCAGCCCUGCGAAGCCCAGUUUCAAGAAACAUGUUGCCAGUCGCCUUCUUCACAAAGCCAAGAAGGGCAACCUGGAUGUGUAUUCUAGAAUAUCCCCCAAUUCAUUAUUAGAGAAAAACGGGCCCUCAAAUGUUGCCAACUUGAACAAGAAGUUUGUUCUUCCUUGUAGAAGUAUUCGCUCUUCCAGGGUAAUAAAACCUAACAAAAGGUUCCUUGAACCUGAAGGUGGACAAGAAGAUCCUCCGUCUCCCACUAGUCUAUCAGGACAUCCAUCACAUGUCACUCGAGUAAUUGAAUUGAAGAAGCCCAGGUUAAUACUGGACAGAGAAAUAGACUUCUCCACUCAAGUAUCUGAUGGCUGCAAAGACAAUUCAAGUGACAAGAGAAUUUCUAAUGACGCAGGGCCGUCCAAGUCCAUUGACAGCACCAGGCAUGUUAAAUUUGCAGAGUUAAAUGUAUUUGGGGCACCUACGAAUCGGCCUAGAGGUCAAACUUCUCCACCCAGUGAUGGUAGCCCAAAGAAAGAAAAGUCAGUUGCCUCAAGUACUUCCUCAUCAUCUCAACCUCCUGAUGCAGUCUCACCCUCAAGAUCCAAACUCAUUCUGAGAGAAUCCAAACUAAACAUAGCUUCAUCUUCAGGCAGUAUCAAUGAAGGACCCAUUUCUGUCAUACCAAAGAAAGGGCUUGGCUCAAAGAAUGUGAAGUCAUCAGUAGUUUCGGUUGAGUGUGGUGUUUGUGGGGCAGUCCGCUUUCACAGGUUGACCAAACAGUCAUUAAAAUUUGGGUUAAUAUGUUGUGAGCCAUGUCGUAAAUUUAUUGCCAAAAUGAUGCUGAGGUCAAAAUCAUCAGAGAACAGUGUCCCAUGUGAUAAUGGGCAAGGGAAUUGUGCUGUCUCAUCACCCUUGAAUGGCGAAAGUUUUGCUACUAAAGUGAAUCGAUGUGGGGCCUGCUGGCUGCUUUUAUGCGUCCAACGCCUUGUGAAAAUGCCUGACCAAAUCCGUGACAGUUUGAUACGUAUGCUACCUGCUAACAUGCAGGGCAUGACUGUUGUCUUGCCUGUAGCCGUGGUGAACUAUGUUCCUAGCCACAAAAGUCGCCGUCGCAAAGUGCCAAUGGCGCAGGACGGCACUGAAGAUUCUUCUACCACUCCUCUGCACAGUCCAAAAUUAAGUAAUGUUCAGUCAACACCAACUUCUGGAAGAAAGUUAUCAGCUUCAUCUUCCAAUAAACUUGUGGCUCAGACUCCAAUUGCUAGAAUUAAAAGAAAGGCUGCCUUGGUUUCUCUUGCAAAUAACUUACGGAGAGUAAGGGACAAAACAUUCAGUCCAAUUACACCACCUGGAGUUAUCAAGAAGAGCAUAUGCACUGAGAAACCGAUAAAAAUGAAAAAGCUUCACCCUGCCAAGAAAUCUGAUUUGAAAGGUACUGAAAAGCCACUGAGAAAAGGAAACAACAAAAGUGUGGUAAAACUAAAAGAUGGCCAAAUGAGACAAAAACUCACAUUGAAGGGCCCAAGAGUUAAACAUGUUUGUCGUAGUGCUUCUAUUGUUCUUGGACAGCCCCUGGCUACCUUCUCCACUUCUUCCCCUACUAAUUCUCCCACCAAGUCUUCUGGACGUUCUAAUGAUACUGACAAAAAGAGUGAUAUGACAGAUCCCAUAUUAGCCGACACAGAUAUUCUUCAGAAAGCUCCUAGAUUGAAACAAGACAAUCACCGAGAAAUCAAAACCAAAAAAGAAUCUAAACCGGGUGUUGCAAUUGAAACAGAGACCAUCAAAGACCGCGAAACAAAAUUAUCUGCAUCACAGUUAAAUUUGGUAACAACAACCACUGCAGAUACUAAAUUUGUUACAAAAAGCACACUGGACCAUCGCACUUCUCAAAACCAUAGUACUGGAAGGAAAGUUACUAGGAUGCCUAAUGUUCAAAACCAGAACAAAAUGAUUCAGCGAGGUCAGAGAAGAACGUUGCAAGAUCUUGGAGUCUACAAUAACCAGGCUGUAAAUCUUCCAGAAUUAAUAUCUCUAGAUUUCUGGGAGAGCUAUGAUCCUGAUGAAGUUUGCUAUGCAGGCUUCGGCCUUAUUGGAUUUGACCCUUUUCCCAUGAAACCAGUUUGCUUUCUUUGUGGCAGUGCAGGGAAGAAGAAGCUCAUUCAUUGUGCUUCCUGCUGUGAGCCUUACCAUCAGUUCUGUAUUGAGAUGGGUGCCUUUGGAAGUUCUGGUCCACUGCCCUUAGUGGAGCAGUCCAGUAAAGAAGUUUGGCGUGUGGACUGGGUCUGCCCUCGCUGCACGGUGUGCCACGGCUGUGGGUAUAACUCGGGCCGUCAACUUGCUGCAUGUCAGAGGUGCCACCACUCCUUUCACCCAGAAUGCCUUGGCACAACUGGUUUACGAAAGACCGCUGGUGACCGUCUUUGGAUAUGUGCUUCAUGCUUACGAUGUAAGAGCUGCAAUAGUACUGAUGUGUCCAAAUUUGUUGGAAACCUUCCAUUCUGUAAAGUGUGUUUUAAACUGAGGCAGAAAGGCAACUUUUGUCCUCUCUGCCAGGGCUGUUACACUGAUGACGAUUUUCAAUCCAAGAUGAUGGAGUGUGCAGAUUGUAAAUCUUGGGUUCAUGCUAAGUGUGAAGGUCUUUCAGAUGAAAAAUAUCAGGUUCUGAGUUAUUUGCCUGAAUCUGUGGAGUACAUUUGCAGGUUAUGCUGUUCUGUUCCUCCUGCUCCCUGGUGGGUUGCUGUGGAAGCUGAGCUUCAAGCAGGUUACAGCAACAUCAUUAAAGCUAUCACUAAAAACAGGAAAGCAUAUGCAAUGUUGAAAUGGAGUCCUCAAAAGGCAUGUCCCUGUCAGCAUAAUUUAUCUUCAUCAACAAAGAGUUCUGCUUUAGCCCUUGGGAAGCGUAGACUCUCCUUCAACCUCAAUGCUAACAAGGAGGUCAAGAGCACCUCUCACAUCUGUCUGGAAGCAUCCCAGUCUUCACAAUCCCCUGGCAAGGAGACUCCAGUUUCAUCUGUAUUCGAGUUUGAUGAAGAUAUUGAUGCGGGUGAAAAUGCACCAAUCACAAAAUAUAGCCAUGCCAAAGAAAAGCAGAAGAUUGGUGCGUGCCAUCAGGAAUACACCAAACUGCACGUGGACUGUGGAAAUGAUGAGAGGCCAGAAAAAAGUGACCAGUUUUCACCGAAUGCUGGAUCCCAGAGUGACUCUGGUGUUGGAAGCACUGAUGAUGAGCUGAAAACUUGCUCUGCCACUGAGGAGGAGGAGGUGGAUGAAAAUAAGGCUGUGGUGGGGAUUUUAGCUGAGUGCACUUGUACCACUCACACUUCAAGGCCAUCAUUGCCCACCUUGUUAACAGUUAAGAAGAAAGUUCAAAGCAGUGAAUACUCCUCCAUUCUUGAUUUUCAUAGAGAUAUGGAUCAGUUAAUAUGUGAAGCAGACUCCCAUGAAGUCAAAGAACUGUAUCAUCAGACUUUAUUGGAGGUGUUUCCAUGGUUUGAUCCCAAAUAUGAUAAAGUAUCUCGGAAUUCCUUCCUACUCAGCCCACUCAAGUCUCAUCAUGGUUCUCGCCUUCAGUACCAGUCCAACUGCGCCUCUCCAGUAAAACCGCAUUCAGAUCACGCUUCAUCUGUACAAAUACUAGAGAGGCUACUUCCUAAGGAGACAAGUAAGCUCGAUGAUGAGUACUUUUAUUGUGGAAUGAGCCCUUGUGACACCAGGAUAUGUGGUUUCUGUAAACUUACUGGGGACAGUGAUGCAUGUGCUGAGGGAAGACUGUUAUAUUGUGGCUUGAAUGAGUGGGUUCAUGUUAAUUGUGCUUUAUGGUCAGCUGAGGUGUUUGAGGAAAUUGAUGGAGCACUACAAAAUGUGAGUAAUGCUCUAUCGCGUGGGCGCAUGAUUCGUUGUUCUCAUUGUGGACGCAAAGGAGCAAGUGUUGGGUGCUGUGCGAAGAAAUGUGAGGAGACGCUUCACUUUCCCUGUGCGCGAUCGGCUGGGUUCACGUUUAUGGAGGACAAAAAUGUAUUCUGUUCUUUACAUUCAAGAGAUGCCCCUGGAAAACCUCUGUCUAAACUAUCUGAUUUCGACGUUUGUCGUCCUGUCUUUGUUGAGUUGGAUCGAAGAAAGAAGAAGAGUGUGGAGAGCAAACAUGUGAGACUCAUGAUUGGAUCCUUACUUGUGCAGAGCCUUGGCACUAUUGUCCCAGAAUUGUCUGACCUUGGUUCAUCUAUUAUCCCAUCUCAAUUCAGCUGUACAAGGUUGUUUUGGUCAUCCAAAGAACCGUGGAGGAUUGUUCGGUACACUAUACGUACUACCAUUCGAUUUCCAGCACCUGAGCCUGUUGUUGACCUUGGUCAUCAUGUCACUGUUGACCACUCAAAGGAUGGUUUGAAUUCCACUUCAAUUCCUGAACAUCAUGAAGACCUUGACAUCAAGCCUGAAAAUUCUUCAACCACUCCCAAUUCUACAAGGGCUGGAGACAUCAAUGUAAAUAAAGCAUUGACAAAUGAUGCCAAAAUAGCAGAAGCUGUUGUAAACCACCUCAUAGACUCCAUCUGUAGUAGAGAAACAGAUGAGGAGGUGACUGAUGCACAAAAUUCUGCUGACCUCCUUCCUCCAGAAUUGAAGGAUGCAAUUUUUGAGGAUCUGCCUCAUGACCUUCUGGAUGGCAUAUCUCUGCAAGACAUAUUCCAAGAUAAAUUUCUCAAUUUUGAAGAGAUGUCUAAAGAAGAAUCGCAAGAAGAUUCCAGUUCUAAUGGACAAAAAGGUGACUCUGACAAGCAGAAGAUGAGAAAUUUCAAAGCCUCAAGGGAACUUAAACGGAGCAAAUCUGAUGUCCUCCCUAGCAACUCUUCUUAUGUUGAUAGCCGUCUUCAUCAGCGAUCUUGCAGUUUAGCAUGGAGCUACAAACUUGGGAGUAAUAUUACUUGCUGCAAGUCUCAAAAAGUAUCUUCAACUGAUGCUGUAAAGGAUCGUGCAAAAUUGAUUCAGGAACUUCGUUUAUCUGUGAAGCCAGCUCCAACUGACGUGAGGUUUUGUCAUCCAGGUCCAGGAGACAAAGGAAAAGAAAAUCAGUCACUUUCGUGGCCCAGAAUCAUGCAGGUUGAUGGCAUUUCUGAUGUGGUUUUGAGUGGAAGUGAUGAAGGUUCUGAUCUCGAAGCAUCAGACACAGUUGGAAGCUUUCCUCAAAAGAAAAAUGUAAAGUCAUUUGAAAAAUUUUCUUCAACUUUGAUCAAGGACUCUGAACUUCUUAGAAAUAGAAUUGAAUGUUUGAAAAGUGUAACCUCGGCCGCGUUAAUUCGCAAAGGAAGUGAAUUUGUCAAUCAUGAUAUCCGUUUCAAACGUAGGAAGGCUGUCAAGAAAAUGACAGGUGAAAGGAAAGAUGUAAAUGGCACUGCAAGUACUCUUCAAAUUCCUCAGCUUGAUGGCACAAAUGAUAUAUCUAGUGAUAGUGAGCAAGAGGGGUCCUCCACUAAGCAGUUACAAGAAGAGUGCGAUGAAAAGCCAGUGAGGUGCAACAGGUGUGGCUGCACAUACCGUACUGAAGAGAGUCAUGCUCGGCAUCUACCCAGCUGCUCUGGUGACUACUCUCUGACUACAAGUGAAAGUGAAGCUGAUAUAACAGAGGAUGAAGCAGAAGGUGUAGCCAAGUCAGAAUCUUCCCAAAGUCCUGAUAGUGCAAUUUCAGUUUCAAGUGUUACGCUGUCAGUAGCGACAUCUACCUCUCCCACAAUAUUACCCUCUGUGUAUCCUACAAUUUCUCCUGUUAUGUCAACUGCUACUCCAACUGUUACAAAACCUGAGCUGAAUUCAUCUGUAUCACAAUCAGGAAAACGCGUUGUGAUGACAUGUGUCCAACCAAAUGUACCAAAUGUUGUUGACAGGCGAGUUCAAGGGAGUGUAACUGGCACAUUCAACAAAGAACAAAAAUUGUCUUCAAGCAAACCAAAAUUGAUGAAAUCAUCUACUCAACAGCAAACUGUCAAAGUGAUGACUAAAGGGAAUCAGUCAGUAUUUCAUCAGCAGCAAGUAUACAAAGAAAGCAAUCAUCAGCAAAUUUCUCAACCAACAGUUCAGCGCUCUCUACCAACAUCGAUUGCACCUCAACCAUCCCAAAUUAUUACUAUGAUGGAUUAUCAACAGUCUCAACAGACAGGACCAACUGUCCUUGUACAAUCGGUACCUUCUCAAGCCAUGGUACCAGCUUACCUAGAAGCUUUCCAGCAACAUACGGGUCAAAAUUUACAAUAUUUAACAACAGUUGAUACCAAUCAAGGAUUUGGAAAGGCUCAGUUCUUGACUGCUGUGCCUAGCAGUGUCGUUCCAGGAGCAUACCAAAUUCAAGCAAUGCCUGAUGGUCAGCUUUGCUUAGAGCCCAGUUCUGUUGGAAUACCUACCAUAUCAGGCAUUCAACUGGCACAAGCACAACUUCCUCCUCCUCAAAUUACACAGGCGCAACCUCAAGUUCUUGGAACAAUACUUCAAAGUCCUUUGUCAUGUGGUGUAAUGGCAACUACCGAGCCAGUGUAUGAAACAAUCCAGAUGUUCCCAGAUCAAACAGGGGGUGUCCUCUUGGCCAGUCAGCCUAUGUUGACAUGUAUGGAAACUGUUGUCAGCAACACUUAUAUGUCAAUGUCGUCCAGCCAGUUCGUUUCAUCUUCUGUACCUGGUAUGCUACAGGGAAGCAGUACAUUCUCAACAACUACUACCCAAGUCUUCCAAGCAAGCAAAGUUGAUCCUCCAGUAUUAGAUGUUCCAACCCAAUAUGUUGUUGUGAAUACCCAUCCUCAAUUGUCAGAUGCUUCUGUGGGCAAACUUGAGGUCAUGUCAAUAUCUCAGCCUCAUGUACAGGAGCAGACAUCAAUUCAAAAUCCAGCACAGAUUCACAUGCCAUCUAUUAAUUUGCCUGUUCCAGUUACAGUAACAGCUCCACUACCUCCACAAACUUUGCCUCCUGUCAUUCCCACUUCUGUUGUGACUCCCAUGCCAAGAGUUCAGCCUCAACGAACAUAUUCGAAGCCAAGUAAAGGGAAUAAAGAGACUGUUGUUGCUGUUGUGAAGAAACCUGCGCCACAAGUAAGUUGCUCAGCUUUGAAGGAAUCCAUGAAGAAGCUGUCUAACCAAGCAGUCUCAAAAAUCACUAAAGAGCUUACACCCCCUACAAAGACCAAUUCCUGCAAAGUUGAGGUCAGCAAGGAACCAAAGUUAAUGGAGUCCUUACCCAAGAAGCCUAUCCUUCUGCAAAGCCUCAAAGCGAUGAAUCCCUCGCCUAGUCCUGUCACUGCGAUCCAGCCUACGUCUGAAGUAAUAACUACAAUUACAGCUCCGGCUCAAAGCAUAACUCUACCUGAUCCUGUUAAAUUGAAUCGGCCUAUCAUUAACGGGCCAAAGGUUCUCUCUGCACCUAUUACAACACCUGCCGUAAAAUGCCCACCUGUCACUUUCUCUUACCGUGCUCACGCAGUAGAGAAGGGUAAGCCAAAGGUGGUCACCAACUCGACUACUCCUCUGAGUAGUACUAUUAUUAUCCCUAAAAGCCUACCUAGCAAACUGCAAGAAGCAAAGGCACAGCUGGUGCUUAAGGAAAACAACUGUUUGGUGUCGCUCCCUGUAAACACUGAGCCCGUUCCAGCUCCAGCCAAUACAGCAACAAGCCAGCCUCUUCCUACCUCUGACUGUAUAGUAGAUCCUCAAACUGACUCGUCAGCCUCCAUAAAGAAACCCACUGCUGCUGUAAUUCCCCAAUCCCAAGUAGUCGGAAAUUCUGACCUGAAGAACAUUCAAAGUAUCAAGAUAGUGACCUCCACUGCCUCUACCUCUAUGAAGGCGCCCUUAAAAGCCUCAUCAGCAUCCAAAGUUAAAUUGACUGCGCCUAUGACUCCAAUUGUUUCUCUUGCUACUUCAUCCAACGCAACUUCAAAACCAUCUAUUGUAUCGCAGCCUGCUAAUCAUGGAACAUCUGAUUCUUCUCAAGGUCAAGUUGGGAAAAAUGUGUCAUUAAGUUUGAUGACUGCCAGCAUCACUGAUUCUACUGCUAGCACUGCCACAACUGUGACAGGAUCCUCAAAUGCAACAGUACCUUUGACCACAACAAAACUUCAGAGCACUAAUGUCACAUGCCUGAAGCCACUGAAGGAAGUAAACAAGAUAAAACAAAGUCUGGAAGUGAAACCUGUUGUGUUAAAGACCAUGGAGAAAGAGGCCUGUGUGGUUCCCCCAUCGGUGUUAAAAUCCACUAGUCAAAAUAUUGAUGCAGCUAAAAGAUGUGAUGUUUCUUGUGGCCAAGGCGACUUGCCAUUAGGACCUGCAAAUGUAGACAAUUCAUGCACAUCUUUGAAGUUGUUGUUUCAAAAGCAAGCCCACAAUGGUUGUUACAAGGUUUCAUCCAGUCCUGGCAAGAAGGAUAAUAAUGAGCUGAUGGCAGUAAAGCUUGCAGACAUAAGCAUGAUCAGCAAUGUCCUGAAGGACAAAAGAGGAAUCAAAGAUGAAAAUAUGAAACCGAUUGAUACAGUUUCUAAGAAAUCAGGGCCACCUGCCCCUGAAAUACUAUAUGAAAUUAAUUGCCCUGAUGGCUUUGCUUACUCAUCUACGUCUAUAUCUGAUGCCUGGCAAAAGGUUUUUGGUGCUGUGCAAGAAGCAAGAUCUAAUCACAAAAUGCCCCCUUUGAUUCACAACCCUUUUAACUCCAUUGAAUCUGGACAUAAUGUUAUGGGUCUUGGUAACAACAGCUUGAAGUAUCUCUUAGAACAACUCCCAGGUGUGGGCAACUGUACAAGAUAUAGACCCAUCUAUCAUAAGUCAAGAUUACCUGGUCCAGGAUAUCAGUACAAUAGAGAAGAUCAUGAUCUCAAAGAAAGUAAUUCUGGUUGUGCACGAACAGACCCAUACUUAUCAGCCAAGAAAUAUGACAUGUUCAGUUGGUUAGAUUCUCGACACAGGCGUCCACCGAAGCUGCUUGACAACAAUGACAUUGAUGCUUUAAAUGGCAGCAGGCGCACAGCCAGCACCAGUUUGCCCAUGGCAAUGCGCUUCCGGCAUCUAAGAGAAACUUCCAAAACAUCUGUUGGCGUCUUUCGGUCUGAUAUUCAUGGCCGAGGCCUAUUUUGUCUUCGUGAUAUUGAGGCAGGAGAGAUGGUGAUUGAAUACGCUGGAGAGGUGAUUCGUAAUACACUCACAGAUAAUCGUGAGAAAUAUUACCAAUCUAAAGGUAUUGGCUGCUACAUGUUCAAGGUGGAUGACAAUUUUACAGUGGAUGCCACUCAAAAGGGAAAUGCUGCAAGGUUCAUCAAUCAUUCCUGCGAGCCCAACUGUUACUCUAGGGUUGUGGACAUUCUUGGCAAAAAACACAUAAUCAUUUUUGCAUUCCGGCGUAUCCCUCAAGGUGAAGAGUUAACCUAUGACUACAAGUUUCCCAUUGAAGAAGAAAAGAUUCAUUGUCAUUGUCUUGCCAGACGAUGCAGAAAGUAUCUUAAUUAAGUUUGUUAAGAAUUUUGCUGUUCAACUUCUGUUACUUUUCACUGUAAUUAGAACUUUCAAGUAGAGUUUAGUUUUGUGCCUGUUAAUUUAAGCAUGAUAUUAGUUUUCAAGUGCAAUUAGAUGCAUGAUUUCCAAUUUAGUGUGUGGUUAGCGAGUCCAAUUUUGACCUUUGAUAUUAGAUUCACACAAAUGUGCCUUGUUGUGAUCCAUGAAUCUGUUUUUUGAGAGGGAAUUCUUGCUUAAUCUGUUUGAUGUGUACAUACCCUGUAAUCAUGUAUUAAAGUUUAUCUGUUUGCAAUCUUUUCUGGAGUAAGCUGUUAACUGAUUGCAUAAAAGUUUCUUGUCACUAAACCACCUAGUCCUUUCUUUUAUCUUUUUAAGUAUCUAUAUUGGCUGCAAAUUUGCUUCGUAGAAGGGUUCAUUCUUUGGUUUAUCUUGUAUAGUAUUACCUCAAAUUGUUCAUGUCUUGUGUUAAGUGUCGCUUUUAAAUUACUAAUUUAUUUGUGCCAAUUAAUAAGAAACCAAAUAUUAUUAACAAAUUGCUUACCACUGCAAUGCUUUAUCACAUCCAAGUAACAGCCUUGCUUAGACUACAAGUCACCAUUAAAAAUUAGUUUAUGUAGGUUAAAAUUAGUGUUUCUCUUUCAAAGCCUUAUGGUGUGUUCUUGUCACUUGUAAAUGUAUGGAUCUGGUUGUAAAAGUUUACAUUUUUGAAUCUAAUGAAGGUGGAUCAAUCACUUUUCAUAACAUAUUAAGUGUGUCUGUUACAGUACAUCAUUUAUGUCAUGUAUUUGUUUCUUUUUUCUUAAAAUUUUGAAACAAAGCCUUUUCUCUCUCAAUCUAUGAAUGAAACUUUAUUUUUAUAAGUACCUUUUCUGUCUCUUGUGCGUUGUAAUGUUGGUUGUGCCCUAAAAUUUGAGUUUAUUUCUCCUAAACCGUGAUAUGAUAGAGUUUGUAUUUAUUUAGGGAAUCGCCUCAAAGAUCUCCAUAUUUUCUGUAAAAUUUGGGUUGAAUAUUUUUACUCCAUUGUUGUUGAGUGUUAAAGAGAGAAUUUUUAGAGGACAUGUUUCGGCUGUUUUAAAUUUGUGAUUUGUUGGCAAUUGGAUAUCUUUGUUCAAUUUUUCUAUUUCGAGUUGUGAUAUAUGGUAGUCCUCAUGGAUCAGAAGCCUGUAUAGGUUCACUAAAAAGUAUAUUUUGCAUAGCUAGUGUAGCCUUGCUGUUGCCUUAAGUGUCUUCUAGCAUGUUUACAAUGCACUUUUUCUCGUAAUCUUUCUCAAGUUCGCGACUAAUUUCACCUUAUUUUUAUUUUUCUAUUCUAUGCUCCACACUCUGCUGAACAAUCAAUGUGUAGCUUCCAAACUUCACCUCAGUUCUCAUAUGUUAGCAAAUCCUUUUCAUUGAGGCAGGAAUAAUGUGAACUUACAUGUAACAUUUGAUCAUUUUUUUAAUACCAAUGUAGAUGUAAUUUAUGUGAUAUAGCAUAUAUUUUGUAACUAAAAUAUGAAUAUUAUAACAUGUGAGUUGCUUUUGUUUGCAUCACUAUUGAACGGCUGUGAGAAAGCAGUUAUAUGCAUCAGUGCAGUUUGAGUGUAUUCUUUAGUCACAUACUAUCUACUUUAAUUUAUUCCACUUGUCUGUUUGAUGUUUAAUCCACAUCCUACAUCCUGGUAUGUUCUGUUUGCUUUUAUCUAUUUCUGCUUCUUCGUAUCAAUUUCUCUUGUAGUGUUUUCAUUUCAGCAAGUGUACUACAUUGCCAUUGUUAAUUAACCUGCAGUAUAGUUUUCUAAACAAUAUGAUAAUGACCACUCGAGGUGGAUUGAUUUAUUUGUAUUUUCGGACAUUAAAAGAGCAUUUUAUUUA